AGGUGCGUAUCAAAAGAAUUUAAAUGCGAUCACAGCAUGGUAGGCCAGGAGUCCAACAGUUAUGCAUAGAGAGAGAAAAAAGUCCUUUGUCAGUGCGCAAAUUCUUUUUUGCAGCACAUCAACCCGCCCGCCAAUGAACAGGCUAAAUUAAUAAAGAAAAACUGAAACGCAAAAAAUUACGUCAGCCCAAAUAUUUAGGAUAUUUUUUAUAAUAAAUAUUUAUUACUCAUUUUUUGCGUUUGUUGUUUUAAGAAUGAUAAAACAAAGAAAAUUUUAAUAUCAAAAACUGCGUUAAAAAAAUUUAUUUGAAAAAUUGCUUAUUACUGGUUGUUGUAAGGGAUGCCCAUGCCCAAUUGCUGAAUGGGCACCGGAGGCGGCGCUGCCUCCAUAGCAACGUGGGCGGGCCAACAGGUGGGGUGCUGUCGCGUGCUCCUCAGGGGUAUAAAGCGGGCAGCCAGGGGUGGGUUGUUGUGUCAGUGCGAGAUGCAUCGAGAGGCGGUGGUGUUGACAGCGCUGCUGCUCAUCGGGGGCCUCUCAACCCCUGCGACCUCCGAGUCGUCAAAGGCCAAGCGAAGCAUAGCCUCGAUGCCAGAUUUAGGCGCUCUACUGUCACCUGGCUUGGUGCAGCGCGUGCAGCAAGAGAAAGAUGACGACCAGGAGGAGGUUCAGGAUGAAAAACGUCACUCAAAACACCAUCCUUACAGCGAAUACCUAUUUUGGCUACGGUCUGGAGAAUGUCCAGAUACUGAAGAGGGCAGUCCAGGCUUCUUCUGUCCCACCCCGGACACAAAUGGACAGUGGCGGUGUGUGACAGAAUUUCAACUGUGCGACCACAUGCGUGACUGCCCCAAUGGUGAAGACGAGUUGCCCACCCACUGUCUCUUCUACAGUGUGGUAAAUACCAACUACAUUCUCUCGUUUGAUCCAAACUCAUUUCUCGAAGCUGACUAAGAGUCUGUUGCUGAGACCUAUCCUCAGCAAACACAACCACGUUUGAUACACUCAAAAGCGGCCACAUCAGAUGAAAAUUUUUGAGUUAUGGCCGCUUGCUGAGUUGAUUCCGCGCCCAACCCACCCUGCGGAGGCACCCUCCUCAGACUGGACUGGUCGCAUAAUCUGAGCCUUAAAGGAAUCAAUUCUCGGCGUCCCCUUCACAAUCUUUCCUGCUUGUGUUAAACUUAUAACCAAAGAUCUAUGUGAAAUGGAAAAAAAAUAGUAAAAUGCAAUUAUAAAGCUUUUGUUCAUUGGACGUGCAAAUAAAUUUAAUUCACUACAAAAACGGUGGACGCUUCAAU